UAGUUUUAUUAAAUACGUGUUUCAAUUUUACUGCAUGAUACUAAUCUGAACUUAAUAUGUGUAUUUGAUCUGUUUUACUUCUGUAAGCCUCAAGAAUUAUUAGAGGACUGUAAUAGCGACUUACCAUCUUUCUAUUAAGGUUAUUUGGAUAUUAAGAAGAUUAAGUACAGGUUCUACAAAAUGAAGUUCAGAGUUUUGUCUACCCUUUGUCUCCUUGUAUUUGCAAAUGGAUCAUGGGAGAGUGGUGUUUUUAUUCACCAGGAUCCUUUGCUAGCUGCUGAACUUGGAAGCAGUGUGAUUAUAUUCUGCUCUCACUCAGACGACUAUGUAAAUGUUGUUUCAUGGUAUAAACAUUCUGUUGGGAAGAAACCACUUCUCGUAGCUUAUUCAGAACACGGCUCUUCAAGCGUUACAUAUGAAAGUGGCUUUAACGAGAAAAAUCACCCUAUCAGUCCUGGGACUGACUCCUUUAAUUUGAGCAUCAUAAACUUGAAAGAAUAUGAUUUUGCAACCUACUAUUGUGCUGUGAGUUUCCUGAACGUUAUGACAUUUGGAGAAGGCACGAUUCUUCUACGUAAAGAGACUGAUGGACCUAGAAGGACCACGGUUCUCCAGCGGCCGGUUUCUGACAGACUUCAUCUAGGAGAUUCAGUGACUCUUCAGUGUUCGGUCGUCAGUCAGAUCUGUGCAGGAGAGUACAGCGUCUACUGGUUCAGACGUUCACCAGGACAUUCUGAUCCAGGAAUCAUUUACACUCAUGAUAACAGGAGUGAUCGGUGUACGGAGAGAUCAGAGACCCAGAGCUGUGUCUACAGUCUCUCUCAGGCUGAUCUCACACCGUCUGAUGCUGGAAUUUAUUACUGUGCUGUUGCCACAUGUGGAAAGAUACACUUGGGGAACGGAACCAAGUUAAUUAUUGAAGCACCUUUCAAUUUUUGGAAUCCAGUUGUUGUGACCUUUUGCACAAUAACCAUAAUAUCCAUUAUUUUGAACAUAUUUCUAGUGAGACUGAUUGACAAGUAUUGCAAAAAAGAUGCCUCGAUUUAUCCAAGAAAUCAGUGGAAGCAGACCGUGGAUAUUGAUACCUUAAACCAAGAGGAGACAAGAGUCAUUUAUACCCAGCUCAUCAUGAGCUAAUUUAUUAAGACAGCAGCCCUCCAGGAGGAUUGGACAAACCUGACCUACUCAAUGGGGAAAAAAUGUUCCCACAAAAAUCUAAAAGCUUUGUCCUUUUGGGGCUGUGUUUUGGUCCCCAUGAGGAGAAGAGCUUAUAAAUGCUCUUCUAAUGAGUUUGAAAUGCCAAAUGUUUUGUGUAAGGAGAUAGAAAAUACAUGUGUGUUUGAUUUUGUUGCUGAAGAUUUGGUAAGCUUACUUGUUUCCGUAAAUAUUUUUGAGGUGUUAAAAUGAGAGUUCUAAUUAUUUUUUCACCAAAAAUUCUCAAUAAAAUAAGCAAUAUCCGUUAAUAAUUCAUAGUUUCACCUAUUUGAGUUUAGGAUCAUUUUAUAUCUUAUUGUGAUUGCGACAAUCAUGUCAUUAUCUAUGUUGACGAGUCGAUCAUAAUAAAGAUUUAAG